CUCAGCCCCACCUCCCUGCCGGUGGCGUCGGGAGCCGAGUAGUGGAGCGUCAUCCAUCCGCCGCCUCUCACUAGUUGAGUUGAAUUGUCAGUCAGAGGGAACGCCCCGCCCUCUGGAGUGUCCCUCCCAGGCUCUGCCCUGCCUGUUUCAUUCCGUGCACGGUACCGAGGGGGAAGCGUCUCUGGCGGAGGAGAGCAGCUGGCAGGUACAGAGACUGAGGCAGGUUCAAGUCCUGGGGCAGCAUCACACAGAGGGCAGCAGCAGGAGGAAGAGGUAGCAGCUCCUGCCCUGGUGAACUAUAAGAAAUGCUCUCCCGAUUAAGAGUAGUUGCCACUCCCUGUGCAUUGGCAUGUCGCACCAUGCACACAAAAGAAAAAGGCAAGCCGUUGAUGUUAAACCCAAGAACAAAUAAGGGCAUGGCCUUUACAUUACAGGAAAGACAAAUGCUUGGGCUCCAAGGACUUUUACCUCCUAAAAUAGAGACGCAAGACAUUCAAGCCUUACGCUUCCAUAAGAAUUUGGCAAAAAUGAGUGACCCCUUGGAAAAGUAUAUCUACAUAAUGGGAAUCCAAGAGAGAAAUGAAAAAUUAUUCUACAGGAUAUUACAAGAUGAUAUUGAGAGAUUAAUGCCAAUAGUAUAUACACCAACAGUAGGUCUAGCCUGUUCCCAAUAUGGACAUAUCUUUAGGAGACCAAAAGGAUUAUUUAUUUCUAUCUCAGACAGAGGUCAUAUUAGGUCAAUUGUGGACAACUGGCCAGAAACUGAUGUUAAGGCUGUUGUAGUAACUGAUGGAGAGAGAAUAUUAGGUCUUGGAGAUCUGGGUGUCUAUGGAAUGGGAAUUCCUGUAGGAAAACUAUGUUUGUAUACAGCAUGUGCUGGAAUACGGCCAGAUAAAUGCCUGCCUGUAUGUAUCGACGUUGGAACUGACAAUCUAACCCUAUUAAAAGAUCCUUUUUACAUGGGCCUGUACCAAAAAAGAGACCGCUCACAGCUUUAUGAUGACCUGAUUGAUGAGUUUAUGGAAGCCAUUACAGACAGGUACGGCCAUAACACACUUAUUCAGUUUGAAGACUUUGGGAAUCAUAAUGCUUUCCGUUUUUUGAGGAAAUACAGAGAGAAAUAUUGCACCUUCAAUGACGACAUUCAGGGGACUGCCGCAGUGGCCUUAGCGGGAAUGCUGGCAGCACAGAAGGUUGUUGGGAAAGCAAUCACAGAGCAUAAAGUUUUGUUUCUUGGAGCAGGAGAGGCUGCUGUUGGAAUUGCAAACCUCAUUGUUAUGGCUAUGAUUGAAAGCGGUAUUUCUUCAGAGGAAGCAUAUAAGAAAAUUUGGAUGUUUGAUAAAUAUGGCCUAUUGGUUCAGGGCCGAGAACAAAAGGUAGACGCCAAUCAAGAACCAUUUAUGCACCAACCUCCAGACCAGGUGCCAAAGACAUUUGUAGAUGCGGUGAAUGUACUUCAGCCAUCAGCUAUUAUUGGAGUUGCAGGGGCUGGCCGGCUUUUUUCACAUGAUGUGAUCAAAGCAAUGGGUUCCAUCAAUGAAAGACCUAUAAUAUUUGCACUAAGUAACCCUACAGUGAAAGCUGAAUGCACUGCUGAGGAAGCUUAUACAUUAACAGAGGGGCGGUGUUUGUUUGCCAGUGGCAGUCCAUUCGAGCAUGUGGUUUUGAAAGAUGGACGAUCCUUCAAACCAGGCCAGGGAAACAAUGCCUAUAUUUUUCCAGGUGUGGCUUUGGCUGUAAUCCUCAGCGGUGUUCGGCAUAUUAGUGAUAAGGUCUUCCUUGAGGCUGCAAAGGCAUUGACAGAUCAGUUAACUAAUGAGGAACUUUCCCAAGGCAGACUUUAUCCACCAUUGUCCAACAUCAAAGAAGUUUCUAUUUGCAUUGCUGUUAAAGUUAUGGAAUUUAUGUACGCAAACAACAUGGCUUUCCAUUACCCUGAACCUGCAGACAAGAACCAAUAUAUACAAUCAAAGGUUUGGAGCUACGAAUACGAAUCCUUCAUGCCAGAUGUGUACGACUGGCCUCUGUCUACGGCAAAGCCAUCUGAAAUGCACUGACAUACAAAAGAUCGCACUCCUCGGGUGCUGUCUUCUACUCUGCAGGGAAUUCUUUUCAGACCAAUUUAUGAUAAUGACUUUUGCAACUUGUAACUUAUUUUUCCUCAUUUUGUUGUCUCCCCUCUACCCCCUCAUUUUCCUGCGUGACAGAUUUUCCCAUAAGAAUCUGAUAAACUGUAUUGGUGAUGACUCACAUCACAUGAAAGAUACAGCUGUCCAAAAUUAAUUUAAAUGACAGUAAUGCUGUAACUCAAGUUUAGAGCCCUCCUCACAGAAUUUUUAAAUAGUGUUUUAGCCAUAGACAAAUGAUGAUGAUGAACUGUAUCUCUCCAUCUCAUCAUUGCUGAUUGCCAAGAUAUUUGCUUUUUAAUAAGAAGUCUUCUGUCUAGUUCCUUCAUAGUCAUCACAAACAAUGAAUUGUGGCAUCACAGAAAGAAUCUGUCAAGAAAAAAAGGCCAAAUAUAUCCAAAUGGAAGAUUCUGUUCCAUCUGCAGAACAAAGCUACUUGUGUCCAGGUUUCUAUGCUUCAUUCAACCACCCUGUUCAAUGGUCGUGCUUUGUAAAUUCUUGGCUGUGGGGAGGCCAGUGUUGUGUGCACAUUUGAAAUUUGCAACAAUAUUUGUACUCUACAGUUUAAUUGUUGUAUGGAAUUUAUUAUUAGAAAAAAUUGUGAAUUAGUUUGAAAAAUUAUUCUUGAAAAGUCUGAAAAUAAUCACAUCAUAGUGUUUUUUUAUCUAAGCAAAAGAAGGUAAACUAUUGCAGAUUAUUCUACUUUUUGGGGUGCAGUUUAUAAAGCAGUCUACAGAAUCCUUUAUAGUGAGUUGUGGAAGCUACAGGUGGUUCAAUUUAGCUGCAGAACUCAGAAAUUGUCUGCCAAAAGAUUUUGGUUUGAUUUGUUUUUAAGUUUCUGUUACUUCAAGAAAACCUCUCAGCAUUGUGUUCUUUCUAGAACUUGCAUCCUUUGUUUUCAUGUGAGGAGUUUGUAGAGCCGGGUGACACAUCACUGACCAAAAGUGACUCCAAAACAGAUCUACUUGGUGCUUUGAACAAAGAUUUUCCCUCUUUUUCUUCUUUUUUCUGUUACUGUUAAAGCUGGAACAGUGGGUGCUGCAGGCAGCUGUUAAUAUGUGCACUUCCAGUGGUUUGACUGCAUGUUUCCUGCAGUCUUCACUUGAUAGACUCCCAGUAGCUCAGUGUGAAUAGAAGACUCAAAGUCUGACUUUCAAAAGUUUUCAGUCGAUCCCUUGUUCCUCUUCAAGCCACAGAAUGUGAAUUUAAUUUAAUUUCUAUCAAGUUACUCCAUAUGAAAUCAGAAGUUGUGGCCAGAUCAUUGCUAGAUUAGUUCUUUUUUUCUCAUUGAUUCAUUCAGGCUUAGCCUUCUGUUGCAUUAAAGGCCCUAAAUUUGAUGUGGGAAUUGUUGUUUGGAUUCCUUCUCGUUUUCUCCCCAUCUACCGUCUGAGUGAAAUCCAGUUCUCUACGUUAGAAGACACAGAAUGUGGCUAUUGUGGUUGUCUGUGACGUUGUUAAAACCAUCCCCAACAGAGAAGGGAUAACAUAAGACUAGACAAAGGGUACAGUGUGCUUUACUGGAGUUUUGCUGUGUCAAGAAACAAUGGCAGAAAUAAAUACCUCUUCUGGCUGAACUGACAGGCUAGAAGCCAAGAUCCAGAUACAUGAAUAAAUUUACUGAGGUUAUAUCCAUGGCAAACAAACGCAUAGCAGGAAGCACAGUCACCAUGUCCCCUUGAAGAGGGUGCAGAGUAUUGCUCACUCUGUUAUGGUUUUAAAAUAAACAUGGAUGGAUUGAUUGUUUUAAUCUUUAAGAGCAAAAAGUGAGAGGAAGAAAAGUAGAGUUUGCAGUGGAUUUUAACUAGGUGAGGCGAGAAGGCUGAGAUUUGGAAAAAUUACUUGACAAUAUACUGAGGUUUUGGUAAAACACGGAGUGUGGAGGUGGCUCUAAAUUCUACAUUGUUGUGUGUUUUGUGAAUUAUGAGGUUCGCAAUUUAUAUAU